AUGCGCUUACUACUUCUCCUUCUCUGCGUCUUCCUCUACCUCGUCGGAGUGGUUCAAGCUGCACCUGGUACUACAACUAAUACAACUGGCAAUACUAUCACUAGCGACAGUUUUAAAGCCCCAUCAUUCAUGACCAGAACCAUAUGGUCCAUCGUCUCCAGCUCCGUUCUCACUCUUUUUGCAUGCAUAUACAGUGCCAUCCACCCUAAUAUUCUGAGUCCUAAGGAAAGUCCUAAUCGUAUUCUGCUGCGGCGACUUGGCAUGAUGAUACUGGCAUUGAUCACUCCUGAACUGAUUGUUACAUGGGCUAUGCGUCAAUGGUUCAGCGCUCGCCUUCUUACAAGACAGUUCAAGGAAUCAGCAUAUUUCAACCUUUAUUAUACAUGGACUCAAAUGCACAGCUUCCUUGUGCUCAUGGCUGGUUUCAUGCUUUAUGUGGAUGGGAAACCCUGCCUUGUACUACGACCUGAUGACAUUCUCAAACUGAUGCGUAAAGGGUGUAUCGACUUCCCUACUCUAACGGAAAGGCAGAUCCAUGACAAAAGCAAAGGGAAUGUGAUAUCAAAAGGAUUGGUCAUGCUUCAAGUGGCCUGGUUCAUCAUGCAGCUCAUCACCUGUACCAUCUAUCGCCUCGAAAUCACCCAGCUCAAAAUUGGGACACUAGCUUUUGCGGUUCUCAAUUUCUUGACCUAUGCUGUGUGGUGGGACAAGCCUCUCAACAUGCAAUUUCCAUAUCCAGUGUACUGGAAGUCAACAGAGCCAAUGCCAGAGCGUUAUAGUGGGUAUGUAUGCGCCUGA